AUGAAAACUCGUCGGAAGCGUGCAGCCCCAAAGGCGAAGGCCAAGAGUGUGCAGAAGAAGAAAGCUCCUGCUGCAGCUCCUCCAAUUCCAGUCCCCGCUUCUCCAGAAGAUCGUACUGGCAUAGAGACUCUUGCUGCGGCCACAGAGGCUUUUGCUGCUGCCGCUGCUCCACCCCCUCCGACUGCUUCUGGGGGACUUAACGCUACUAAGAAGGCAUUCUUGAACCUUGUCGGCCAGAUUGCCCAAGAAAGCAUUCGACCGGAGAAAACUAGUGAUGUCGGCCACCAUGGAAUUCGUUCUCGCAAUCGUUUUAGUUCAUCUCCUUCUUCAUCAUCAAGUGGAGAUGACAACUCUUUCCGUGUUCAUGGUGGUAAUAGUGGCAUGGUGGAGCAAGGGAUUGACUGGAGGGGUGAUAUGUCAGGGCGCAAGCGCGGUGGACCUACAAAAGGUGAUGCCGUGCAUAUUGGUAGUAGUUUGCAGGUGAUUAAGAAGAUCAUGGAUAUGGAUGAAGCUGCAUCAUUUAGCGCUCCUGUUGACCCUGUUCCCUUGGGAUUUGCUGUAAGUAUUAGUUGUUUUCUUACUUUGUAAGUCUGGAAGAACAAGCAAAUCCAUCACAACCUAAUAACUGUGUGCACUUUCAAUGCUUGGAAUGGUGGUUUGAGAUGGAUGUUUGUGAUCAUGUGCAGAAUCGUAUUGAUAUACCUAUGGAUUUUGGAACAAUAUGUAGCAAUCUUCAGAAUGGUUUCAAGUACCUAAAUUCUGAUGAUGUAUACAAGGACGUCGAAUGCAUUUGGGCACAUUGUUUGAAGUAUAACAAGAAAGGUGAUUAUAUUGUGUACCUUAUGAAGAGAGUGAAGAAAAAGUUUCUGAAAUACUGGACAUCAGCCGGCCUGCGUACUGAAAUGCAAAAGCCUACUGGGCAACAUGAGUUUUUGACUAGUAAUGGUCACAUGAUGGGUCACGUCAGUAUCAGCCCAUCAAGCUAUGAUCACCGGGCUCAGGUCAAACCAUCAAGCUAUAGUCACCAUGCCCAGGUGCCUCCUUCAAGCUAUAAUCAGCAUAUGCCUCCAUCAAGCUAUAGUUACCGGACUCAGGUGCCUCCAUCAAGCUACGACCACCACUCUCAGGUGCCUCCAUCAAUCUACGACCACCACUCUCAGUCUCAGGUGCAUCCAUCAAGUUACAGCCAGCAGGCUCAUGUGCCUCCAUCAAGCUAUCGUCACCUGGCUCACAUCCGUCCAUCAAGCUACAGUCACCAGGCUGAGUUGCCUCCAUCAAGCUACAGCCACCAGGCUGAGUUCCCUCCAUCAAGCUACAACCACCAGACUGAGGUGCCUCCAUCCAGCUACAACCACCAGUCACCAGCUCACCGUCCAUCAGGCUACAGCCACCAGUCACUAGCUCAGGUGCAUCCAUCAGGCUACAGUCACCAGGCUCAGGGGACUCCAUCAAGCUUCAACCACCAUGUUCAGGUGCCUCCAUCAAGCUUAAACCAAAAGACUCAUGUGCCUCCAUCAAAUUAUGAUAACCAGGCUGAGGUGCCUCCAUCAAGCUCCAACCACCAGGCUCGGGUGCCUACAUCAAGCUACAGCCACGAGGUUCAGGAGCUUCCAUCAAGCUACAACCACCACUCUCAGCUGCAUCUAUCAAGCUACCGUGAGCAGGCUCAGGUGCCUCCAUCAAGCUACAAUCACCAUUCUCAGUUGCCUCAACUUCAGCCAACCACCAAUGACUCACCAAAAUUACCAGAGCUGCAACCUAGAACCAAUGCAGAGGAUGCAGGAUCUCUGGAUUCACCCUUUGUGGACUCUGUUAGGAAGCGAAAGAAAGAUUCAGCUCGGGAUCCUAUCAUGGCUAAGUCAAGCCAUUCUAAGCAUCAACCAAAGUCAACCCUACAUUAUCUGAGACGUCGCGAUAAAAGUCCUAGUAAGCGACAGCAAUCUAUGUCUCUUGUUCAAGAGAAUGACGUUGCAAGACCUCCAGAUGAGCUGCUUGGUAGGAGUGAUUUGGGGCAAAAUGGACUUGCGUCCACAGAUGCAGUUAUCCCCAUAGAGACUAACCAGAGCCAACUUCAACCACAACAACCUCCGGUUGGUUAUAGUCAUGAACAUGUGUCACAGAUACCCAACGGAAAUAUUGGACAGCCACAGCACUCUGAGUGGUUUGCUUCUGCUUCACAUGCAGGAGAUGUGAAUGGCUUGGUGAGAGACGGGAGACAGGAUGAAGGGUGUUCUAAUAAUUGUCCGUUGGAAACUGCAACCUCCUCCUUCCAGCAAUCCCCAUCCCAGCACUAUGAAGACCACAGCAGCCCAGGCAGUCUGAAACAGGCUGUACCUAGGUUAGGGAAGCGAAAACGGGAUCUGCCAUAUCGUCGUGCUGCAUGGGAUACCCCUGACGGUAGCAAAAUGGUUGUUCCCCUCAAUGAUUUGGGACAAGCAUUUGGCCCUGAAGGAAGAAAAUUGGCUUCCUUUCUGGGAACCUUGGUACGGGAUGGUAACUUGGCUCCUGUUACCCUCGUGCACUGGUCUAGAGUGCCAAAGGAGAACAAAGAAACCAUGUGGCUGAUGGUUCAGGCAAAGUUUGAGAUUGAUCCAGUACUGGGGAAAUCAUGGGUGAUGAAGUCUCUUUCUACGAAAUGGAGGAACUGGAAAGCAGCGUUGAAGGCAGAUUAUUUCUCAUACAAGACUGAUGAGGAGCGUAUGAGGAAUCUUGACAAGAGAGUGCUUCCCGAUCAAUGGCCAGUUCUCAUAUCCUAUUGGAACAAGGAAGAAGUACAGUUGUAUGCUGCUAGGCAGAAGGCCAAUCGUGCUAAUCUUAAAGGUGGACACACCUCUGGUUCAAAGAGUUAUGCGACCUUAAGAGAGGAAGAGCGUGCGAAAAGGGCUGAUGGGAAAGCCCCUACUAGGGCAGAGUUGUAUGUGCUGACCCAUACACGAAAGGAUGGAAAUCCUGUCAGUGAAAAGGCCGCAGAAGUAAUUGCAAAAUUGCAGGAAAAAGCUUCUGAGAAGCAACAGGAAUCAGAAGCCAGUGAUAGCUCUCGUGACACAUUCUGUGAAGUAAUGGGUGAAGAAAAGAACAGCCAUGUGCGCAUGUGUGGUCUGGGACCUACCCCUAACACUCUAUUUGGCCGGAAGUGUGGCCAUAUCCAGUUUGCAAAGAUGGCCAUGGAUGCCAAGAAGCAAGCAGACGAUGAAGCAAACAAGGUUUAUCAAAAAGUGGAGGUAAUUGAGCAAAAGUACAAUUGCAUGGAAGCUCAGAUUGCUAGGAUGAACGCGAACAUGGAGCUUAUGCUCGGGAAGAUGGGUGUACCACCUGUAACGUCAAUAUCGGCACACUCAGACCAGGUUGACAAGCACACAGCUGCUCGGCAGAAUCCACAUCAGGCAGAAAAACCGUCAUCAGCAUCAUCAUCGAGUCAUGGAGCUGAUCAGGUCCUAAUAUCUUGUUCCUGAGUUUCCACUUCGGCUUAAAUUCUACCCUUUUAAAAAAAUUUUACGCAUAGCCUUUUUUCUGUGGAUCUUACAAGUUGAACUGCAUGGGUGUGUGCUCUCUAGUCUCUAGACUCUUAAGCAUCAUAUAAUUUCACAGUAUCUAAGCCCACUUGGACGAAAAUCAGCUGUUGCUGCUACCAAUAUUUCUCCUAUGCUUCCUUAGUUUGGAAAUUGUUUGCAAUGCAGGUCAUUCACAGACAGGCAAAUUCUAGUAGGAGCCAGUACCGAGUACCGGCUUCUUUGUAAUGAUGCAGUGAUCUACUGCACCACUAUCUAUUGACUGAUUGAGACUGACUGUAUUUCGUGUUAUUGCUAGGCUCGGUGGGAUCUCCCCAAGGUUUGGGAAAUGUAAACUGGUGGAAGCCCCAGACGAAGGUUUGGACGCAGUUGCCUCCACUGGUAAUUGAUUGUUUAUUCAAAGGAACUGGUACACCUGAUUCAAGUAGUUAGUUUGUACCGCAAGUUACGCGUGGCGGAUCUAUGUAAAGUAAUCGUUUAUGUAGUUUUGGGAUAGAAGGUAGAAGAGGAAAUUGUGUUUGUCAAUGUAGGAUCCAAGCCCCAUGGUACUUUGCUGCCAAGUGAGAUAGAGCCAACCAUUGCAGGGAAACAUGGAAAGGCAUUCUGUUUAUACUUGAGAGCGAAGUUGUGAUUUCAAAUGGUGUAUUGAUCUAAUUCAUGUAUUUGUGAGAUUAAGUCGUUUUUUUUAUAUAGAACUAGAAUACAUGCAUUUAUUAUUUGGAGGCCCAACACAAUCACUCACUAUUGAGGGAUUUACAAUCACUCAAUACUAACUUUUUUACUUUUGGAACAAAAACACAAUCUAAACCUCCAAACAAAAACAAGAUAUUUACCUAAUACAUCAAUUGAUACAAUCCAUCAAAUGAUUGGAAAUUGUGAUUCUUUAAAUUGAUGAAUUCUAUAAAUGUGUGCAUUCUUAAUUGAGGUUUUGC